AUGAAAUUUCCAAUCGAGACUCCAAGAAAACAGGUGAACUGGGAUCCUCAAGUGGCUGUUCCCUCACCAGUGCCAGCUUGUGAACCUGAGCCUAAAACUAACGGGCACUACCCAACUCCACGACUCUCUGUUUCAUCCCGAGCCACUGUUGUUGCGACCAUGGAAGCACCUUCUCAAGGCCUGCAAACAGUCAUGAAGUGGAAGACAGUGGUGGCCGUCUUUGUUGUGGUGGUAGUUUACCUGGUGACAGGAGGACUUGUCUUCCGUGCCCUGGAGCAGCCCUUUGAAAGCAGGCAGAAGAACACAAUUGCACUGGAGAAGGCUGACUUUCUUCGGGAGCAUGUUUGUGUAACCCAGCUAGAGCUGGAGACACUGAUUCAGCAUGCUAUCGAUGCUGAUAAUGCAGGAGUCAGUCCCAUAGGGAAUUCCUCUAACAACAGCAGCCAUUGGGACCUUGGAAGUGCCUUUUUUUUUGCUGGAACAGUCAUCACAACAAUAGGGUAUGGGAACAUGGCCCCAAGCACUGUUGGAGGCAAAAUUUUCUGCAUCUUGUAUGCCAUCUUUGGUAUUCCACUGUUUGGUUUCUUGCUGGCUGGGAUUGGAGACCAACUUGGAACCAUCUUCGGGAAGAGUAUCGCAAGGGUGGAGAAAGUUUUCAGAAAAAAGCAAGUGAGUCAAACAAAGAUCCGGGUGAUCUCUACCAUCCUCUUCAUCCUGGCAGGCUGUAUUGUCUUUGUGACCAUUCCUGCAGUUAUCUUCAAACACAUCGAAGGAUGGACAGCCUUGGAGUCCAUCUACUUUGUGGUUGUCACUCUGACUACUGUUGGCUUUGGUGACUUUGUAGCAGGAGGAAAUGCUGACAUCCAUUACCGGGAGUGGUAUAAGCCCUUAGUGUGGUUCUGGAUCCUUGUUGGCCUUGCCUAUUUUACUGCUGUCCUCAGUAUGAUUGGAGACUGGUUAAGAGUCUUGUCUAAGAAGACAAAAGAAGAGGUUGGAGAAAUCAAAGCCCAUGCAGCUGAGUGGAAAGCAAAUGUGACGGCUGAGUUCAGAGAGACGCGGAGGCGGCUCAGCGUGGAGAUCCAUGACAAACUUCAGCGGGCAGCCACCAUCCGGAGCAUGGAGCGCAGGCGUCUGGGCCUGGACCAACGAGCCCACUCCUUAGACAUGCUGUCUCCAGAGAAGCGCUCUGUCUUUACUGCCUUGGACACAGGGCGCUUCAAGGCCUCUUCUCAGGAAAGCAUCAACAACAGGCCUAACAACCUGCGCCUUAAAGGGCCAGACCAGCUCAACAAGCAUGGUCAGGGGGCAUCUGAGGACAACAUCAUUAACAAGUUUGGAUCGUCUGCUAAGAUGACCAAAAGAAAAAACAAAGACCUCAAAAAGACCAUCCCUGAAGAUGUGCGUAAAAUUUACGAGACCUUCCGAAACUACUCCUUGGAUGAAGAAAAGAAGGAAGAGGAGACAGAGAAGAUGUGUAAUUCUGAGGACUCGUCUAGCACUGCAGUCCUAACCAACUGCAUCCAGCAGCACUCAGAUCUGGAGAAUGGCGUGAUCCCAAAUGAAACCAAAGAAAAGGAACAGGAAAACAAAGCAUUACUUGAAGACGGAAAUUAA